CAAGGGCCUGGGGAUUUGAGGCCACACCUCUUCUGGUUGAGGCCACGCCCCUUGCUCAGGACUCCAGCAUACCGGUAAGUCCUCUAACUUACUUUCAGCCCUGAAGGUAUGGGACAGAAGGGGUUAAGUAUGGAGGAAAGAGGCAGUGGGGUCUGUGCUCAUUAGAGCACACACCUCUCCAGAGCCUGGAAUGGAACCUAAGGUCCCUGAGUCUCACGAUUCUUCUGCGGUCAGCAAAUAUCUCUGGAAGCCACUGGCAAUGGGUGUGUCCCAUUCUGUCCUCUAGUGCUGGUCCUCGUAGAGCAUGACAACCUACUACUGCUAUCGGCUCAUUAGCUCAGGUGACAGAGGGCUGUGUGGUGGAUCUAAAGAUUCCAAUGUUGCUGAUGUGAGUGUCAAUAGGAUGCCACAUGAUGGAAAUUCUGAUUUUUUUUUCCAGUUUGCUUUUUUAAAAACCUAUGAAAUUGCAACCUUAAUGCUGUUCUUUUAAUGUAGUCAUUGUGUGUAAAAUCAAGCAUGCAAAAGUUAGGAAAUACCAGGACGAAGGUUGCCUGUGCUUAAUUCCAAAUGGCCGUGGGAGUCGGCAGGGUUUGUAGGAUAUGUCCAAGUGAGGUUCUCGGCCGCUAGUCAUUGCGGGAAGGUAUUCCUGAGCCUCUGGAUUCUGCCCCGGGAAAGGAGGAGUUGGUGGUCAUCUCUCCAAGGAUCUCCCCUCCUUCACCACUACUGCUACCGCCAGGGUGACGAGGAAUGGGGGAGCAGGCAUGGAGAAAGCCCUGUCCAACCAAGAGGACUUGGGAGGAGACCGGGGCAUGACGGACGAUAUCUUUGAUGAGAGCUACUGUGAGAAGGAGGGCCCCAAGCCUGCCAGGAGAUAUGUCUGGAGGAACAUCAUCCUCAUGAGUCUGCUGCAUUUAGGGGCCUUGUACGGGUUGUGGCUGAUACCUGCAGCAAAGCCUGCCACCUUGGUGUGGGGGUCCCUGUGUUUCCUGCUGAGUGCUCUGGGGAUAACAGCGGGAGCGCAUCGCAUCUGGAGCCAUCGGUCCUACAAAGCCAGUUUGCCCCUCAGGAUCUUUCUGGCCAUAGCCAACUCCAUGGCUUUUCAGAAUGACAUCUACGAGUGGGCCCGAGAUCACCGCGUCCACCACAAGUUCUCCGAGACCGACGCGGACCCUCAUAACGCCACACGGGGCUUCUUCUUUUCCCACGUUGGCUGGCUGCUGGUGCGCAAACACCCCGACGUCAUCGAGAAGGGCCGGAAGCUGGACCUGUCUGACCUGAAAGCCGACAAGGUGGUGAUGUUCCAAAGGAGGUUUUACAAGCUUUCUGUGGUGGUCAUGUGCUUCCUGUUCCCCACCCUAGUGCCCUGGUGCUUCUGGGGGGAAUCUCUUCGCAACAGCUUCUUCCUCCCCGCCAUCCUGCGCUACGUGCUGGUGCUCAACGCCACCUGGCUCGUGAACAGCGCUGCACAUAUGUUUGGCAACCGGCCCUACGAUCGAAACAUCAAUCCCCGGGAGAACCGCUUGGUAACGUUUGGAGCCUUAGGCGAAGGCUUCCACAACUACCACCACACCUUCCCCUACGAUUACUCCACCAGCGAGUUCGGCUGGCACUACAACUUCACCACGGCCUUCAUCGAUCUCAUGUGCCUCCUGGGGCUGGCCAGCGAUCGCAAGAAGGUCUCCAAGGAGACCAUCCUGGCUCGGAAAACUCGGACUGGCGAUGGGAGCCACAAUGGCUGAGGGCGCAUUUUAUUUCUCCCCCCCCCCCCCCCGAGUGAGCUGGUCACAGGGUUUUAUGUUCUAUUUACUAACCAUUGAAUAAUGCUACCAGGUUGCUGCUGCUGCUGAUUUUAACCUGUUCCUGCACAGUGUAUUUUAAAUGUAUUUAAAACCUAUAACUUGUCUUUCUAGUGCUCAGCAGCUCCCUCCCUCUCUUCUCUCUCUCCCUUCUUUUUGUUCUUCGUUUGUUUCUCUCUGGCAGGAUCUCUCCCUUUCCCUCUAACUCUUCCAUCCUGCAUUCUCUCCUUGUCUCUGACUCUCUCCUUGGCAGGGAGCUGGUCGAAAGCCCGUCCGGGGCAGAUUGUGCUGCUGGCUGGACCGAGGGAGUGGAGGGGGGUCUGUACCAGCUGGCUGAAGAGUUGAGCCAAAGUCAGGGACUCUUUCCCUUGAAAUGCCCCUUUCUUGCCUCUGGUUCUCCUGCCCUCCCAGAGCUACUGAUUCAGGGCAGAUGAACAGACUGCUGAUGUGGCCACAUCUAAGCAAAUUGAUCCUGUGAGUGACCAGCUAGAAAGCGGGGAUGAUGCUAUGUCAAAGACCCAGGGGAGCCUUGUUUCUGUCAGAUGGGUUUCCUGCAGCCAAUUAACAAAUACCUGAUAGAAACAGACACCAAAGCAGGGGACACUGAGAGGGUUAAAGCCUGAGAAAGUUGCAGGAUCCCAGCCCAGUGUCUGUGAGACCCCUUCUCAGAAGAGCCCCCCUGCAGCCGGGGGUGGAGCCACAUCUACUGGGCAGAUCCAGGCUGGAGAUGGGACUGAAUUGCCCCACUGUGCUGGGGGCAGGAAAGCCUGUUAGGGGGCUCAUGACCAGCUCCCCAGCCCCUCCCAAAGCAAAUCAGAGUUGCCCUGGGGACAAUGGCUGCCUGAUGCACACACUGCCGUGGGAAGCGCUGAUGCAGCCGCUGCUGCUGGCGGCCGUUCCCAUAACUCCCCCAGACACACGGUGCUAGAGCAGGGUGCUGGCUGCUGGGCCGUACGUAAUUCAUCCCCUGCAGACAGGGCCUUCCCUCCGGCGAGGGGGGGGGGGUCCGCUGCACAGUGCCUGGGCACAGAAGGUGCCUGUUCACUCCUUGGCAGCAGAGGCUAAUGGGGGGGAGGGUUAAAACCCUUCUGUUUUUCACCCCAUAGCACUUGCAGAUGCUGCAGACAGGCUUGGCAGGGCGAGGCCCCAUUCCCAUCAGCCACUCACCAGAUAGUGCUGCGGUGCUGGGUGAAAGCUCAUGAGGUGCCCAGGCUGGUGGAUCCUGGGGCAGAGCUGGGAAAGACUGAGCCAGGGUGGAGGAAUGAUGCUGAGAUGCUCCUUCCCCGGUCCCAGCUGUGCUGCAUAUCCUCAAGGGCAGGCUCCAGCCUUCCCACGCAGGCCAAGGUGAGCACAGCACUGCUGAUGUCGCAAAACUCUUGCUGUCGGCCAAGAAUCAUAGAAUAUCAGGGUUGGCAGGGACCUCGGGAGGUCAUCUAGGUCCAACCCCCUGCUCAAAGCAGGACCACUCCCCAACUAAAGAAGUCGUUCCUGGCCUUGUUCCUUUGCAUUGCCGUGACCAGAACUGUCCAGCUUUGCAACCCAAUGGAGCAGCCUGCCCUCUGACUGGGCUAGUGAUCUGCGCGUUCCACCAGCAGAUAAGCCCGUUGGGAAGCUUUUAAUUCCUGGGCUCUAAACCCGGGAGGUGGAUGGGUGGGUGGGGAUUCCCCACGGCUGAGAUUUAUAACUGCCCAGGGGGUGGCUGUGGAUAGUUUUAUCCAACUGGAUGCAAAGAUACCUGCAUAUCAUAAUCCUGGGCCAGAUCCAUUCCUGGUCCAAACCCCACUGACUGGAGUCUACACCCUGGGUGAAUUUGGCCUCCCCUAAUAGUUCUUCCCUUACCUCAUGAUCUGGACGUGUUGUGUGAUGCAACCUACCAUUCAGAUACAUGACACAACAUGGUAUGGCAUCCACCAUCCUCUCGGGAGAAAAUCAAGAGGUUGAUUCGGGCAUUGCCUCUAGAUCCAAAGAGUACUGAUCAGAGCCAAAAAUCCUGACACCCUGGGGAAGUGGAGUGGAAGUAACCAAACAGCACUGGCGUUUGCCCAGUCACUUUGUCAGUAGAUUGGCGUACGUCUCUGGGUGCCUUAAGUUUUUUUUUCUUUAAUACGCAUAAAAGUAUUGACAGCUAUUUGCAGGAUGUUUUCCGUUCUAUGAUUUAUAGAAAUUUGAUUUAAUUAUUUAAUUGCCGUCAUUAAAUUGUGGGUACAGGUGAUUUUGAAUGUAUUGAGUUAGAAUUUGUUAGAUUAAGGAACAGAUGCAUCAUUUUAAAGGUAACCUUGUUUGCUUUGUAUUUCUUUCUUUGGUGGCAUGUUUGUAUCCAAGUGUGUUCUCUGUGAGUUUAGUUAGUGAGUCAGAGUGAGAGGUGGAUGUAGAUAAAGCACCAGCAUGUCUAGUGGCUAGAGCAGCAGGCCUCCUGAGCUCGAUUCCCAGCUUUGCCACUGACUCACUGUGAGAUCUAGGGUCAGUCAGUUAACUUCUCCAUGCCUCAGUUUCCCUCUCUGUAAAAUAGGGAUAGCACCCUACUUCACAGGGGUGUUGAGGUGCAAUUAAUACUUCUAAAGCACUGAGAGAUCAGGGUGUGGAAGGCCCAAUAUACCCACUAGUGGUGGCGGUGGUAGUAAAUGACUGGAUUGCAAACAGUGUUCCCAGCCCCUCUGGUAUCCUGGAGACGGGACGUGCGAGUGUUGGAUAAGUAGUGAAGGAUUGGAAGGUUGAAUCUGUGCAUUGUCUAAGCUCUGUUGCUAUUGAAAUGUGAGAGAGAACUUUCUGGGUCAGUUUCUGCAUUCUAAGAUCUCCAUGUUUUGUCUACUGAAAAACUUUUUGAAAUUUCUACUAAUUUGGAAUCAGACUGCUGGUUGUACUGAUCUGAACUGGUAUUUAUUCAUAAUAAAAGUUUACUUUAAAACUCGA